AUGUGUGCCAGUCCUGCUGCGGCCAACGAGGCGCCGCUCGUCGAGGGGCAGCACGCCGUCCUCUCCGCGGCAAUGACCAACGCGAGGCGAGCUCGGAUGUGCGCCGAGGCGGACGCGAUGCUGCUGGCCAACCGCCUGGCCCGGCUGGAGGCGGAGGAGCUGCGCGCGAUCAAGCGCAUCGAGGAGACGCACCGGAGGACGCAGGAGAUUCUCGCGAUCAAGGCGCGCCACCAGCAGUCCGACUAUGAGAAGCAGCUCUCACGGCUUGGGCAGGAUGAGGCGGUCGAGAGGCACAAGCACGCCCUCCUCGAGGCAAAGGAGCAGCAGCGGGCGGCGGUGGUCGCCGCGCGAGAGGCACAGACCGCAGCCAGAUCGAUCUCGGCGAGCGAGGCGAGACGUGCAAACGAAGCGAACGCGGUGGCCAUCGCCCGCGCUCGCACAGCGGAGCGCGCCGCCGCCGCCGCCCGCCGCAACAGCGUCAAGGAGGAGAAGGAGGCGGCGCGGCGCCGGCGCGAGCAAGAGAAGCGGCUCCUCAUUGCCGCGGCGCGCCAGCGCGCGUCGGAGCGGACGGAGCAGAAUGAGCGGGCGGCGGCGCGGUACGAGCUCGAGGUGAUGCGGCUGCGCAAGGAGGAAGCCGAGCUCAUCGAGGCGCUCGGGGCCUCGAGCGCGAAAAGGGAGGGGUGUGGCGCGCAGGAGCGGAGAGAGAAUAUGCACCCCCCGAGCGGGCCGGAGAGUCUGAGUGCGAACGAGUGA